GCGAGUGGGCGGUGGCGGCCGGGGCUCCGCAGCGUCGGGAAGAUGGCGCCGCCUGGGAUGGAACGGGGGCUGAAGAGCGUCGUAUGGCAGAAGAUAAAAACAUUAGUGUUUGAUGAUUGCAAGAAAGAAGGUGAAUGGAAGAUACUGAUUUUAGAUGAAUUUACUACUAAGCUUUUGUCAUCAUGUUGCAAAAUGACAGACCUUCUAGCUGAAGGCAUAACUGUUGUGGAGAAUAUUUAUAAGAAUCGAGAACCUGUCAGACAAAUGAAAGCUAUUUAUUUUAUCUCUCCAUCAGCAACGACUAUAGAUUGCUUUCUAUGUGACUUCCCAAGUAAGUCGGAGAACAAGUAUAAAGCAGCAUAUAUGUACUUCACUGACUUUUGUGACAAUAGUCUCUUCAACAAAAUUAAGGCUGCUGCUUCCAAGUCAAUAAGAAGAUUUAAAGAAAUAAAUAUUUCCUUCAUUCCACUUGAAUCUCAGGUGUAUAGUCUUGAUGUACCAGAUUCAUUCUAUUACUGCUACAGUCCACACUCUGCUAGUCCAAAUGUAAGAGAUACCAAGUUGGAAGCAUUGGCUAAGCAGAUAGUCACAGUAUGUGCUACCUUGGAUGAAAAUCCUGGAGUAAGAUACAAAAGUAAACCUCUAGAUAAUGCCAGUAAACUUGCCCAGUUAGUUGAAAGCAACCUUGAAAGCUACUACAAGACUGAUGAGAGGGGCAUAGUAAAGGGUAAAACUCAUUCCCAGCUCAUAAUAAUUGAUCGUGGCUUUGAUCCUGUGUCCACUGUCCUGCAUGAACUGACCUUUCAGGCAAUGGCAUAUGAUCUACUACCAAUCGAGAAUGAUACAUACAAAUAUAAAACUGAUGGAAAAGAAAAGGAGGCAGUCCUUGAGGAAGAUGAUGAACUCUGGGUCAGAAUUCGACACCGGCAUAUUGCAGAUGUGUUAGAGGAGAUUCCCAAGCUUAUGAAGCAAAUUUCAUCGGAAAGAAAAGCGACAGAAGGAAAGACAUCACUUACUGCUCUUGCUCAGUUAAUGAAAAAGAUGCCCCAUUUUCGUAAACAGAUAACUAAGCAAGUUGUUCAUCUUAACUUAGCAGAAGAUUGCAUGAGUAAGUUCAAGGCUAAUAUAGAAAAGCUGUGUAAAACUGAACAGGACCUGGCACUUGGAACUGAUGCAGAAGGACAGAAAGUGAAAGAUUCUAUGCGAGUACUCCUUCCAGUUCUACUCAACAAAAAUCAUGACAACUAUGAUAAAAUAAGAGCAAUUCUACUUUAUAUUUUCAGCAUUAAUGGAACUACAGAGGAAAAUUUGGACAAGUUGAUCCAGAAUGUAAAGAUAGAAGAUGAGAGUGAUAUGAUUCGUAACUGGAUUUAUCUUGGUGUUCCUAUUGUUCCCCCAUCACAACAGGGUAAAACAGCAAGAAAAGAUCGGUCCUCAGAAGGAAUUUUUCAGCUCUCUCGAUGGACACCUUUUAUCAAAGAUAUUUUGGAGGAUGCCAUUGAUAAUAGAUUAGAUUCAAAAGAAUGGCCAUAUUGCUCCCAGUGCCCAGCAGUAUGGAAUGGCUCAGGAGCUGUAAGUGCUCGCCAGAAACCUAGAGCUAAUUAUAUAGAGGACCGAAAGAAUGGGUCAAAGCUGAUUAUUUUUGUAAUUGGAGGAAUCACAUACUCUGAAAUGCGUUGUGCUUAUGAAGUUUCUCAGACACAUAAAUCCUGUGAAGUUAUUAUUGGGUCUACACACAUUUUGACACCAAAAAAACUACUGGAUGAUAUAAAGAUGCUGAAUAAACCCAAGAACGAAAUCUCCUCAUAAAGACGAAUAGCACUUUUUGUUGUCGUUAAUAUUCAUAUUAUGUUGAACUAAAGUAGAUCUAGUUACCUUUGCUAUCAUGUAAUUUAAACAAUGUAAAUAUUCUAUGGAAUGACUUUCUACAUGUAUUUUUUUUCUUUAUUGGGGAAUUAGUGUUUUACAUUCAUCUACAUGUAUUUCUUAAGAGGUAGUGGUAACUAUAUGUCAUUAGGUUUACCAUUUUAAUAACCUAAAUAUUGUUGCUGCUUUGUAGUCAUUGAGAAGAAAUACUAAAAUGCGGGCAAGAGGGUAGAUAGCAUAAUGGUUAUGCAAAGAAACUCUCAUACCCAAGGUUCCAGAGUUCCAGGUUCAAUCCCCCGUACCACCAUAAGCCAGAGCUGAGUAGUGCUCUGGUUAAAAAAAAUGAAAGAAAAAAGAAAUAGUAAAAUGCUUUCUAAGAGGGAACUUUUUCACCUCAGAGCAAAAGAGUUGGGUAAUUUUUCACAGCCACUUAUGUACAUAUUAAUUACUUGUUUGAUACAUAUCUGUCUUUUGCUCUUGAAGUUUAGUUUAUUUUUUUAGAGGUGAGAAAGAAUGACUGUAAAUUAAAAUUUUAUAAAAAUAAGAGCUGUAAAUGUGUAUUAUGAAAGAACAAUUUCCUAUAAAUGCAAUUUAACUUCUUUUACAUAUAUAAUGCAGUCAUUAAUAGGCUUGAUGUCUUGCCUAGAUACUUCUAAAUAACACAGUUUUAUAUACUUUUGAAACUAUAUGUUUAAAUUAGGGUGCAAAAAUAAUAAUGAACAUUUUAAGAGAAAAUAAAUAUGUAGUUACAAAAGUUA